AUGUUGUUUUGGUUCGAACCUACGGAUAUAUUUCGUGCAUCGAAACCUUUCGAUAUAAAAGAAAAACGUUAUCCGACAUUUAUUUCACCGAAUUAUCAAGAAUUUUUAAAAAUCUAUAAAACUCUUUAUCCAAAAGGGGGUGGUGAUGAUGAUGAUAAUUCAUUUUCAAAAAAUUCACGUAACAUCGUAGAAGAUUGCAUUUACAAAGGAUAUAAAGUGGGUGAAAUAAUUGACAAUUUAAUAAUAACAUUGGGAAAAGAAGGAGUUUUGGUAAUCAAUAAGGGAGAAGAAAACGAUUCCUUUUAUGAAAUCACAAAAAAAUGUUCGAAAUAUAUAAAAAAAAAUGGUCAAAUCUCACACAGACUUUACAAACCGAAAUUAUUAGAUGAUGAUGAUAUCGUCAAUGUAUCUGGUGCUGGAGAUUGUUUUGCUGGAGGUUUUAUUUCUGCCAUGCUCGAUGGAGAAAAUGAAAAAAAUUGCGUUAAAUUAGGAUUUAAAUGUUGCAUUGCAUCACUUAAAUCAUGUCAAACAGUUCCAUCAACGUUUUAUUAA